AGUGAAAAAGGGAAAAAAAAAUUGGUAACUGGAAGAAAAAAAAAAAAGUGGGAAAAAAUGUUGUGAUUCUUUUUUGUUUUAUUUUUUAAAAAAGUUUUAUUUUAUUUUUUUUGGGUUUGGGUUUCUGGGUUAAGCCAAAAGAGCUGUAUUUUGAUGAGAUCGGGUUCUGGGUGUGUGAUGUGGUGGCCGGUGGGUGCUAAUGGUGGAGAUUAGGGGUGCUUGCAUGUGAGAUUUGGAAGUUAGAUUUUAGAGUCAUUGAGGUUUGUGGUGGUGGUGGUGGUGGAGGAGGAGGUGGAGGUUUUUGUGAUGGUGUAUUGGGGUGUGAGGUAUGGUUUGGAUCUGAGGUUAUUGGCUACAUAGUCAGAUGGAGAGAAAGUUUUGGGCUUUAGCUUUCAUCUGGUGGGUCUUGUUGGUUAAUCCACUAUGGCUGAUUUCUGCUAACAUGGAAGGUGAUGCUUUACAUAGCCUGAGAACGAAUUUACAGGAUCCUUACAAUGUUUUGCAAAGUUGGGAUCCUACACUUGUCAAUCCAUGCACAUGGUUUCAUGUUACAUGCAACAAUGAUAAUAGUGUCAUAAGAGUUGAUCUGGGAAAUGCUGCUUUGUCUGGUCAACUUGUUCCACAGCUUGGUCAGCUCAAGAAUUUGCAAUAUUUGGAACUUUACAGCAAUAACAUUACUGGCCCUAUUCCAAGUGACCUGGGGAAUCUUACUAACUUGGUGAGCUUGGAUCUGUACCUAAACCGUUUCACUGGCCCUAUCCCAGACUCAUUGGGCAAGCUGUCAAAAUUGCGUUUCCUCCGGCUUAACAACAACAGCCUGAUGGGUCCUAUUCCCAUGACACUAACUAAUAUUUCAGCUCUCCAAGUUCUGGAUUUGUCUAAUAAUCGUCUCUCGGGCGUGGUUCCUGAUAAUGGCUCCUUCUCAUUAUUCACUCCUAUCAGUUUUACAAACAACUUGGAUCUAUGUGGUCCAGUAACUGGGCACCCUUGUCCAGGCUCUCCUCCAUUUUCCCCUCCUCCCCCUUUUGUCCCUCCACCCCCAAUUGCUGCCCCAGGUAUAUAUCAAAUUGCAGGAGGUAAUGGUGCCACUGGGGCAAUAGCUGGAGGAGUUGCAGCAGGUGCUGCUCUAUUAUUUGCUGCACCUGCAAUUGCAUUUGCAUGGUGGCGUCGAAGAAAACCACAAGAAUUUUUCUUUGAUGUGCCUGCUGAAGAGGAUCCUGAAGUCCAUCUUGGGCAGCUUAAGAGGUUCUCACUACGAGAACUGCAAGUUGCAACAGAUAGUUUCAGCAAUAAGAACAUUCUUGGGCGGGGAGGAUUUGGUAAGGUGUACAAAGGACGCUUGGCAGAUGGUUCAUUGGUUGCUGUGAAAAGAUUGAAAGAGGAACGCACACCUGGUGGGGAGCUUCAGUUUCAGACUGAAGUAGAGAUGAUCAGCAUGGCUGUGCAUAGAAAUCUCCUCCGUUUACGUGGGUUCUGUAUGACACCAACAGAAAGGCUACUCGUUUAUCCCUACAUGGCCAACGGAAGUGUUGCCUCGUGCUUAAGAGAGCGUCCUCCACAUCAAGAACCCCUAGAUUGGCCAACAAGGAAAAGAAUUGCUUUGGGAUCAGCAAGGGGUCUUUCAUAUUUGCAUGAUCAUUGUGACCCAAAGAUUAUUCAUCGUGAUGUGAAAGCUGCAAACAUAUUGUUGGAUGAGGAGUUUGAGGCUGUUGUUGGUGACUUUGGAUUGGCAAAACUCAUGGAUUACAAGGACACCCAUGUCACAACUGCUGUACGGGGCACAAUUGGGCACAUAGCUCCAGAGUACCUAUCUACUGGUAAAUCUUCAGAGAAAACUGACGUUUUUGGUUAUGGUAUCAUGCUUCUGGAGCUGAUCACUGGACAAAGAGCUUUUGACCUUGCUCGGCUUGCCAAUGAUGAUGAUGUUAUGCUACUUGAUUGGGUGAAAGGACUUCUGAAAGAGAAAAAGCUUGAAAUGUUGGUUGAUCCUGAUCUACAUAACAAUUAUAUAGAAGCCGAGGUAGAACAGUUAAUCCAGGUUGCACUUCUCUGCACACAAGGUUCCCCUAUGGACCGACCUAAGAUGUCAGAAGUGGUGAGAAUGCUUGAAGGUGAUGGCUUGGCAGAAAGAUGGGAUGAAUGGCAGAAAGUAGAAGUUCUCCGCCAGGAAGUGGAGCUUGCCCCUCAUCCCAAUUCUGAUUGGAUAGUUGACUCUACUGAAAAUCUACAUGCAGUUGAGUUAUCUGGUCCAAGGUGACCUUGACACAGUAGUAAUUAAAAAAAGAAAAGAAAGAAUGGUAUUAUUUAUGACUUAUUUUUUAACUAUAAAAGUUUUCUCACUUUUUUUCCUUUUCUUGUAAGUCCACUGCAUUAUAUUCAUUUACAUUUGUGCAUAGGGGUCGCUUUGUCAAGUUGCAAUUUGUAUCAUCUGCUGCAGUUUGAUGAAGUGAUGUUUACUUAGAUGAAACAAUGGCAGCUUAAUCUUUUUGUACACCCAUCUUUCACACUUGUUCAAUCUACAAUUUAUACUU